AGUGGCCGCUGGCGGUGGCGGCCGGCGCCAUGGCGGGCACGGCGCUGAAGCGGCUCAUGGCCGAGUACAAGCAACUGACCCUGAAUCCACCAGAGGGGAUAGUUGCAGGUCCCAUGAACGAAGAGAACUUCUUUGAGUGGGAAGCUCUGAUAAUGGGUCCUGAAGACACCUGUUUUGAGUAUGGUGUUUUCCCUGCUGUUCUGAGCUUUCCACUCGACUAUCCUCUAAGUCCUCCGAAGAUGAGGUUCACGUGUGAGAUGUUCCAUCCAAACAUUUACCCAGACGGGAGAGUUUGCAUCUCUAUUCUCCAUGCUCCUGGCGACGAUCCCAUGGGAUAUGAGAGCAGUGCUGAGCGGUGGAGUCCUGUGCAGAGCGUUGAAAAGAUCCUGCUGUCAGUUGUGAGCAUGCUGGCAGAGCCAAACGAUGAAAGUGGAGCCAACGUAGAUGCCUCCAAGAUGUGGCGAGAAGACAGAGAACAAUUUAACAAAAUUGCCAAGCAGAUUGUGCAGAAAUCGCUUGGACUUUAAGCUCCCCAAGAGACUGCAGCGUUUGGCGUUUCUCUGCACUUGAGAAGGAGCAGGGCUCAGUGCUGAUACCAAAAAGGCAAACUUUGCAAAACUUUUGGCCUAGUUCUUCUCGUUCAUCCCAUAUUUACCAUCUUUUCAUUUUUUUUCUGCUUCCACUGCUCCCGAGAAGCCUCUAGUUCACUCACUAAAUUGCAUGGCAAAGGGAUUUAUUAUAGGAAAAAUAAUGGGAUCAGUCCUGUUUCAAAGGCUGUUUGUUGCUACCUCACUUCGUGGUAUGGGAAGCCUGGAGACUUGGCAGUCUAGAGCUCACUUCGGUCCAGCUGCUGUUUGCAAACAGAGCUGUUUUUAGAUCAUCUGCUGGAAGAAUUAGCUUUACCUUCAUAUGGGCUGCAUUGCAUCUGGAGCAUCAGAAGGCAGAAAAUAAUUCUAUACAUUUUACGUUUAGGGAAGUUUGAGGGAAUUGUUGAGGGAAUUUUAUAUUGAGACAGCAUUUGCAGUCGGAACUCAUCUGAAGAGCUGGGUUAGCACGAGAGACUGUAAAACGAGGCUAUAACGAGAAGGGUUUAGCGUAGAACAUGAAUUUGCACCAUGUAUUUUUAAAAGGAAAAGUUCUUAAGAGAAGAUCUAGGUAUUUGUUGCCAGUGGUGGUCUAGAGUAGGCUGAGAUUCCCCUAUUGCACUGUGAAUCCGUACUGAGCCUUUGAGUCAGUGUUUGCUUAGAAGUCCCCCCAAAGUGCUGUGUUAUUCCCUAACGACACUCAGUAUAACCUCUGGUCGUGAUUAGAUGUGCAGCACGCGAAGGUUUUGCUCCUGUGCACCGAGGGCCAGCUUGUCUGCAUCCGAAAAUGCAGCACGCCGGGGAAUGCAAGAUACCUCCACAGGGUGCUGAGUACAUCUCGGCACCGUUGGCCUUUGCUGCUAGAGCCCAGGUCAUCUUUUCUUUUUCAGCAAAGACUGACUUGAUGGAUUUUGAGUGAAUUAUAAGAUGCUUUCUAAUGGCUGCCCUUGCACGCUUGAAUUGGGCUCGGAGAAAACCUUAAUUCCCUUUUUUAGAAGGGGAAAGGAUGCACGUUUAAAACUGCCGGGUGCUGCAGCUGGCUUGUGGUGUGGACAGGGUGCGGGAGGGUGAGGAAUGCAGCGAUCCGUUCGGAAAACCGCUUCGGGACCGCGUGCGACCUGUGUGCUCCGCAAGCACAUCUUCUCUGAGGGCCCGGAUCUCCUCCAGCGCAUUGCACGCAGCCCCGUGCACGCCGGUGGCGCGCGGAGCGGGAUCUGGUCGGCUCCUCGUGCACGCGCGGAGCUCGCCGGUAGCUCGUGGGCUGCUGCCCGUGCUGCGUGUUCCUGUGCUGCAGCUCGCCGUGCGCCCUCCCAGCGCACCUCCAAAGGGCCCGCAGCACUCCGGCUUGCCGGCUUCACC